CCAAUUUUGCUUUAAAGCGCUAGCUGUCAUGCCAAACUGAGAAUCGAGCUGAUUCGCAAAAACAUAACAUUGAUAAGACCUUUCCGUUCGAUAUCCUCUAUAUCUUAAUUCGUGUCUAUGACAAUACUACAGAUUAAAUAAUCUGUGUGAAUACUAGUCUAACGUGAUAAAAGAAUAUCAUGUUCUCAUAGAUAUGUAAACUUAGGAAUUGAAUGUUUGUGUCUCCGUAGUCUGUGUUUAAUUUUAAUAAAUUGUGAACUGUGAUGUGUGUUUAAUCGUUAAACUUUAAUGUAUGUUUUAAUUUGUUAUAAGAUAUAAAUAUAAUAUACAUUUCCUAACGUUUAUAAAUCGUUAAUUUAAGAAAUAUGUUAAAUAAUGUUGAUACAAAAUAUGGUCUUUUCCAUUUACAAUUUGUUUCGUUUAAAAAAAUAUUUUAACUACAUUUUAAUCAUUAUUUUAUGGUUAGUUUAUUAUUUUGGUAUUUUUACUCAUUUAUUUGAGUUGGAUUAUUAUACUCGUUUUGAGUACCCACUGAACACUAAUAUUUCAAAAUGUGUAAUUAACAUACACUCCGGUAAAUCGGAUCAACUUCCUUGUUAUAAUAUUAAUACAUUCAAAUAUGAACUUAUAUUAUCAAACAACACAAAAUGCAAUAAGAAAGUAUAUUUAUUAAUAUUGGUUAAAUCAUCAUUAAAGCAUUUUGAAAGAAGAAACAUAAUUCGCAAAACAUGGGGUAAAGAGAAUCGAUUUUCUGAUGUACCAACUAGAACAGUUUUCAUAUUAGGCAUGUCAUAUGAUAUCGAUUUACAAAAACGCAUAAAUGAUGAACAUGCAAUAUAUGGAGAUAUUGUGCAGUAUGAUUUUGUUGAUGAAUACUAUAAUAACACUAUCAAGACUAUGAGCGCAAUUAAAUGGGCUUCAAACCAUUGUAACCAUACUAAUUUCUUUUUUUUCUCAGACGACGAUAUGUAUGUUUCUAUUAAAAAUCUUCUACGUUAUUUAAGAAAUCCAUUUGAAUACCCAUACUACUUAAGUAAAGAUGUUAAAGGAAAGCAAUCUAACUAUAGUUUACCAUCAGAUAUAAUAUUAUUUACUGGAUUUGUUUUUCAUACUUCACCACUAAGACAUCAAAUUAGUAAAUGGUAUACAAUUUUAAUUAUAGUUACCUAAUGGUAAUUAAAGUUUCAUUUUUUUUUUGACAGGUAUGUCUCUCUAUCAGAAUAUCCAUAUCAUAUGUGGCCUCCAUAUGUUACAGCUGGAGCUUAUAUGUUAUCCCAUACUGCAUUAACCAGAUUUUAUUAUGGAAGUUUUUAUACAAAACUGUUUCGUUUUGAUGAUAUAUACUUAGGAAUAUUAGCUAAAAAAUUAAAUAUUAUGCCACUUCAUUGUGAACAUAUAUAUUUUUAUAAAAAACAAUAUUCUAUAAGUAAUUAUAAAUAUGUUAUAGCUAGUCAUGGAUAUGAUAACAGCGAGGAGCUACUUGAUGUUUGGUUGGAACAAUAUAGUUAUAAUAAUGCAUAAGACUUGUAAUGCUGCUCAAAAUAUUUUUAUUUUAAAUAAAUUAUUUUUGUUG